AUGGCAUCCUUUGGGUCCUCACCAACCAGCACCCUAACAGGCACGGCCUGCAGGAGUGAAAGGAGGAUCUCUUCCUCAUCCAACUAUUCUUCUUCCUUCUCUUUUAAGUCAUCUCAAAUUCCCAUUCAAAGAAUCUCCAAACAUCGCCAUGCAAUUUCAUGCAAAACCCUAGAUGAUGAUCACCACCACCAUGCAAACUCUGGCAAACUUGAUAGGAGAAAUAUCCUUUUAGGCCUCGGAGGUCUUUAUGGUACUGCCGCCACUUUUGGGUCUAAUUCACCUGCCAUUGCAGAUCCGUUGGCACCCAACCUCUCAAAAUGUGGUCCGGCUGAUUUGCCCGAAGGUGCUAUACCCACAGACUGUUGCCCGCCAUACACCACAAAGAUUCUCGAUUUCAAACUUCCACCACUGUCAAACACGUUACGAGUCCGUCCGGCAGCUCAUUUGGCUAAUGAGGAUUACAUAGCCAAGUUCAAUAAAGCCAUCGAGCUCAUGAAAGCUCUCCCAGAUGACGAUCCUCGUAGUUUCAAGCAACAAGCUAAUGUUCAUUGUGCCUAUUGCGAAGGCGCGUAUGACCAAGUUGGUUCAGAUCUGCAGCUUCAAGUACAUAACUCGUGGCUGUUCUUCCCUUUCCAUCGCCAUUACAUGUACUUCUUCGAGAAAAUUUGUGCGAAAUUAAUUGAUGACCCAAAUUUUGCAAUUCCGUUUUGGAACUGGGAUGCACCAGAUGGGAUGAAAAUCCCUGAUAUUUACACAAAUAAGAAUUCUCCGUUAUACGAUACUCUUCGCGAUGCGAAACAUCAACCACCGUCUUUGAUUGAUCUUGACUUCAAUGGUGUCGACGAAAAUCUUAGCCCCUCUAAACAAACGUCUACAAAUCUCACAAUUAUGUAUAGACAAAUGGUGUCUAGUUCCAAGACUGCUAGUCUUUUCAUGGGUAGUCCUUACCGUUCUGGUGAUGAUCCUGAUCCUGGUGCUGGUUCGCUCGAGAACACACCGCAUAACGCAGUUCAUAUAUGGGCGGGUGAUUGGAACCAGAAAAAUGGCGAAAACAUGGGUAACCUUUAUUCUGCAGCCAGAGACCCUAUUUUCUAUGCACAUCAUGCGAAUAUCGAUAGAAUGUGGUCAGUUUGGAAAACGCUAGGUGGAAGAAGGAAGGAUUUUACUGAUAAUGACUGGCUUGAUUCUUCGUUCUUGUUCUACGAUGAGAAUGCUGAAUUGAAUCGAGUCAAAGUGAGGGAUUGUCUCGACACCAAGAAUCUUGGCUACGUUUAUCAAGAUGUAGAGAUACCAUGGCUAAAAAACAAACCUGUUCCACGACGAACAAAGGCCACGCACAAGCCCCGGCAUAACAAGCGAGCUGUGGCUCGAGCCGACGAAAACAUACCAUUUGCAGAAGUUGUUUUUCCGGCGAGUCUUGAUAAGGUAAUCAAAGUGCUGGUUCCACGGCCCAAGAUAUCAAGGAGCGAGAAACAGAAAGAAGAAGAAGAAGAAAUUUUGGUGAUUGAAGGAAUUGAAGUGAAGAUGGAUGAGUUUGUGAAGUUUGAUGUGUUUAUAAACGAUGAAGAUGACGGGAUGACGGCCACCGCAGAUAAGACAGAGUUCGCCGGAAGUUUCGUGAAUAUCCCUCAUAAGCAUAAUCAUGGGAGGAAUUUGAAGACAAGAUUGAGGCUAGGGAUAAGUGAGCUUUUGGAGGAUUUGAAGGCUGAAGAUGAUCAAAAUGUGUUGGUGACAUUGGUGCCCAAGACUAAGGGUAGUGGACUUUCCAUUGGCGAGAUUAAAAUCGAGUAUGAAGAAUGA